UUUAAUCUGUGAUACAAAAAUUACAAAAUGAAGUUCAGACUUCAGUUCAGUUUACUUUAUUUUGUUUUUUUGAUUUGCGUUUGCAUGGGAUUUCAGACUUCGCAUGUGCAUUUAGUAAAACAGUAAUGCAUAAUAUUAAUAGUAGUGAUUUAACCAAUUAAUCAAGUAAUACUUACUACAUAACAAUCAGGUAUUUAUAGGUAACUCUUGGAAUACAAGUCCAUCAAAAUCGUACACGUCGUCUCAGCUCGGACACCCGACACAGCGGCACUGGCAGGCCUAAUAUCUCUGUGUUUGAGGAGCAGAUUGUAUUUAUUUACUUUUUAAAUACCUACUCCGAAAAUGCGGCGUUCAUGGAACCAUGAAACUGAGGUGGAGAAAGUUAAAAAGCGAACAAAUAUUUUAUUUCCAAGGCCAGGAUUUUUAAUUGGUUGUCCCGAACCUGAGGAUGAGUCAAUAAUUAGGAAAACACCAUCAAUAAUGUCUGGUAACACAUCAACCAGUAGGCGCCAGUCACCCCAACAAGUAGACUCAAAAAUAUAUCAUAAACAAAUCAAUAAGAAAUUCUUCAAAUCACCUACAAAAUUUUCUAAUUACCAAAUCCAGCAAGGCCAAAUGAAUCCAAUGGAGUUAAAUGUUGUUCAAUCACCUACAACUCUUCCUCUAUGGCAAGCCGCAUUUGUUCGUCAACCAAUAUUUGUCACUCCAUCUUUUGACCAACCUCAGCCCAUGGCAAAAAAAACAGAAAUGCCUAGAAAUCAUUUUAAAAAGCAUUCUGAUAUUCUACAGAGACAACCAACAGAAACUAGUGUAAGCCACGGCUAUAAACCAUUUCAUAAAAAGAAGUACAAUAAAAACAAAAACAAUAUUGAUUUACGACUGUUGUUAUCUUUAAAGAGGAGAGAAAAUAUUGUGAAUGAAAAAGAAGAACAGCUAAGAAUUAAAACAGCUGCCAUAAGUUUAAAUGAUGAGCGAAGUGACACAGAAUAUGAUAGUUCUAAUGCAGUACCAUCCUGUAGCAGCAGAAGAAGUUUUGACGGCAAAAUAGAAGAUGAUGGAGAAAGUAAUUGGCUCGAACCAAAACCAAAUAAAAACUUGAAUAAAAAUCUUAAACCAGUGUAUAGUAGAAGAUACAGUUUUCACACAGACACAGAACUAGAAAACUAUGAUGAAGAAAAUAAUUAUUAUAAUAAUAAGCAGCUUGAUCAUUCGAAUCAAAAAGAUUGCGGCACAAAUCCAAAAUCAGUGUUAAAUAGAAGGAGAAGCUUUCACACAGAAAUACAAGUAGAUGAUGAAGAUGACGAAGAAAAUGAUUGGUCGAGUUAUAAAAAUUUAGAUACCGAAAAAAAACCAAUGUAUAAUAGAAGAAGAAGUUACUCUUUCAGUGAAAAAUUUUAUGAAGAUGAUAAUAAAACACAACAGAGCUUUGAUCUACCACAAUCCAGUAGUGCCAGGUGUUCCAAUGUUAAUACAGAUGAAGAAACAGAUAAUGAAGUAAAUGAAGAUUUUAAUGCAGUAAAUUCACAAUCACAAAUUGAUCUGAAGUCACAAGGUGAUAAUAAUUCUCUGGAGAAAGAAGUGCUACGAAGUAUUUUACAAAUAUGUGAAGAUGUGGAAAUUUGGUACAUUGUCACUGACUCAUAUGUGUUAACAAAUAACACACAUUUCCUCACUAAUAUACUUAAUGCAGAUGAAAAAUGUCGACUCAUCAUACCUCAGACAGUAAUAAACAAGAUUCAUAGUGCAGCACGCUCCUUCGCUCUCGCUUCCAAGGCUCUGUAUUUUGUAUGCCAACAAGUUGAAGCUAAUACUGCCAUUAUAGAUGAUGGCGCCGGAAUAGUGGAAACAAAAGAAGAUAUAAUGAAUUGUAGCUAUCAACUGUUGAAGAAGGGAAACCAAGUGAUUAUACUAACUGGAGAUAUUGAAUUAUAUGCUAUCAACACAUUAAAGAUUCCCAUGUUCACAGUUACAGAAAUUAAACAAUUAGUGAAAGAAACUAAUUUGAUGAGGACCCAAGUUGAUAACUUAGAUGCUGUAUUACCUGAAAUUGGUCAUUAUACAAUUACAAUUCCAAAUAAAAUAAACAGCCUGGCAGAUGUCGGUACUGAAUCACCAAAUGUAACCCAGCCAUUGAUCAGUAUUAAUCCAGAUACCGCCAUAGAAAGAGACAAGCGGCAGAGGUUAGCUUGUGAUAUUGGCAUUCAAGCCAAUUGUGUGACAUCACCAAAAGUGACAGAAGAUAUUAACAAAGAAGUAAUAUUACCAGAUUCAAGUAAAACAGAUUAUAUCUGUAAACGUCCAGUUAUACGGAACAAGAGAAAAGUUUGGCCCAAGCGUAAACGCACGACCACCUAUUCGUUGACCGAUGGUAAUGGAAUCGACGAUGUUGUACCGAAUUCACUAACCGAUUCCACUACAAAUGACAGUUCACUUUCUAGUGUUGAUAAUUCAAUAUGGCAAUCCUAUCCUAUAACUGCAGCAUAUCUGAAUAAAGAUAAACGCAGCGAAACUGGCGAGUUGUCGUAUCCAAGCUUUGCUGGGAGUGUUAAAAAUGAAUCUCAAAUUGUAAAAGAAACAGCAGAAGAUGAUAAACAUGUAAUGUUUGAAAUUACCGAUGAGCGGAUGGAGGAAGUUUUAACGGUGUAUUCUGAGGUGUGGGUGUCUAGAUUAAUGCAAGUCAUGGAGAAAGCCCUGGGCCAGGUGUUGCAUGUGGAGGCUGCGUGCGCGGAAAUUCGCAAGCACUGGCCGCCGCCGUGGUCGCUGAUGGUGGCCGCGGAAUGCGUGAAGCAAUGCUUCCUCCAUGAUGUUGACGUGGUGGAAGCGGCGACCAAGUUUGUGAAGAGUUUCUCUGACAGUGAAACUCUUGGAACCCAUGGAAGUGCGUCUAUCAUGCGGCAAUCGCCAGAAAAAUUAAAAAUGAGUCCACAUAACUUCAUGGAGUUAUACAGCUAUGCUGUAUACUUUAUCGACUCUUUGCAGGGUGUUUUGAUGGAGAAUGAAGACAUACAAACAGCUUCGAAAUCACUUAGUAAAUUGCUAAGUGACAUACAAGACCCGAGCUUCGAUAUUAGUAAUCAAGAAACCAUUGUUGAAGUUACUGUCCGGGAAGCUAUUGUUACGGAAGACAAAGACACUAGCGUUGAAAAAGACAAACCAGAUGAUACAAAUAUUGUGAAAGGUAGCCCAAGGCGCAGGCCGAAAAAAAAUAAAACACCAUCUACAUCACCAGGAAAAUACAAUCUACGAUCUCAGUCAAAAAAAUCUAUUGAGAUGAAUCAAGUUGAUACCGAUACACCAGAGAUAAGAGAUGUCACCAAAUCGUCUUUCCUAACAAAUUUAUAUUUGAUGAAAAACUCAAGUACACCUAAAGCUGACGACGAUAUUUGUGAAAAGACCAAUUCAUUUCUGGAAACAAAAGCUAGUAGUGAUAUACAGGAAAAUUCAAGUCCAAAUGUUCGGAUGUCUGACCGUUGGCUUGCAUCUUACUCUGAUGUUUCUACAGCGGAUGACAGAUUAGAGAAUGAAGCAAUGCUUCAUGACAGAUUAAAAGAUAAAUCUAAGCCUAUUGCUAACUAUGCAGAAUAUAGUAAUAAAGACAUUUACGGAUCUAUAUAUGCAGAUGUCGAUAAUAUCGCAGAAGAGUUGUAUAAUGACAAUUAUGUCACUAAUUUUGUAGAAUUUAACAAUAUGAUGUACGAUUUUGAUAAUAAUAUCCCGAAAGAUAAUAUGAACACUAGUUUGAAUUCAGAUAAUAUUGCGUUUGAGAGCGAUAUUGUCACUUUUAAAGAGGUGAUGGAAAGUUUGAAAUCAGCUAUCAUUGGGGCUUAUGCAUCAAUUGAAGAUUUUUGCGUUAAAUCCUGUGAAAGUUUACUGACUGCAAAACUGAGCGAGAGUGAUUUAAGUCGAAUGCAAAUGAGAGCGGAAAGCUCCUCGUCACAAAUCCAGCAGAUAUGUGAUGUAUUGAAUAGUAUAUUAACAAGAGAGAAGACAAAUAAAAAUAUUUUUGAAAUACUGAGAAGGAAGGAAUUUGAAGAUAUCGCAUGUGAAAACAGUGACAAGGAAGAUUACAGCAAUUUCAUCGCCGAUUGUUUGGAAGAAGGCACAAGUUUAAUGGAAUCCGUUACGUUGGUUCUCGAAGCGAUCAAGGAAUACAUAUAAUAAUAUUGGAACCGGGGGCAGAAUGUACACAAUCGUGUAAGCGAUUUUAUACGUGUUGUAGACCGAUUUGAAUAAAAUUGCUUAGAAUAGUAAA